GUCCAGUCGGGAGAAGAAGUGAGAUGGCGUCUCCUGAGCUCCCGCUCCUGAGAUAAACUCUGUGGAAAAUAUAGUGAUCUUUUACGAUGGAAAAUCCCAAUGAUGAGGGUCGUGGGCAAUCUGAAGAACUGAAGCCAUCGUGCCCUGAGAGGAAAGAACAUAUGGACUCUGAUGAUGGACAGGAAAAUUCAGAUGUUCUUGUGACAAAAAGCUUCGCAGAAGGUAAUGUGGUUGUACAACCAGAACCAAAGAAGGAGGAAGACAAAGAUGAUUUCCAAGAGCCCGAAGUUAGACACAAAAGCAGAAUGAGGACUACAACUUCCAAAAGACAUGUUGGGGAAAGACUUCAUGAGAUCGUGUGUUGUACUGCUUGUGGUCAACAAGUGAACUAUUAUGAGGAUUCAGUGUAUAGACAUCCUGCACUGAAUGUUCUUAUUUGUAAGAACUGCUACAUACAUACAAGUGAUGACAUAAGCCAUGAUGCUGUUAGACCUCAUAAGCACUGCAGAUGGUGUGCAGAAGGCGGAGAGUUAAUUAUUUGUGAUUUCUGCCCUAAUGCUUUUUGUAAAAAAUGCAUUUGCCGCAAUCUAGGGGAAAAGGAGAUGGCAAAAGUGAUGGAUAAAAACACUAAGUGGAGUUGUUACAUUUGUCAGCCGGAGCCUUUAUUGGAUUUGGUUGCCAUAUGUGACUGUGUAUUUGAGAAUUUAUCACACUUAGAUCAGCAGUCUAAAAAGAAAAAGUUAGUAAGUGAAAAGAGUGAUCACACAUGUGACCAUUCAGAGAAAUUAAAACAUGGAAGUUGUGCUGAGGAGACACAUCAGGUACAUAAUCCUUCCUCUGCUGCUGCACCACGCCUUUUCCCCACAUUACAGAUUCCAGAAGCCUUGAUUGAGAAGACAAAAGCAUUAGUUGAGAACGUGAGAGAAACAAGCGCUACUUUUCUGAAACAUUCCCAGCAAAUAUCCCCUUAUUCAGAAGUUACCCCAAAUGAGAGGUACUGUCAGUAUGAAAUUAUGAAAUAUAUGAUAAUGGAGAUAUGUGAUGCUUUGGAAGCCUUGAUAGAUUUCCUGAAUGAUGAAAUAAUUAAAUUGGUUAUUAGACAGUUGGAGGAAAAUAAUAAAGAAAGAGAAAAUGAGAAUGUUUAAAAACAUACUAAAACUCUAAGAUUUCUUUGUUAGGAGUGGAUAAGAGAUAUUUCCUUGUUCAUAGCUAUAAUGUGAGGGUACCCACUCUGUCCAACCAGAUGUGUUAUGUUUGGGUAUUUAACCCUCUGUUUGCUUUCUGUACGCUGCCUCUUGGUUGGGGUCAGAUAUCCAGUUCUCCUGAGAUGUGAUCAAAUAAAGGUUUCUGUUUUCUACU